AGCAGCCUGCAGUGGAGCUGAUCCUGCUGUGAGCCUGUUGUGCCUUUUCCCCAAAUAAAGGACGCUUGGAAGAGGAGAAAAUAUGAGCGACUUACUCGGAAUCACGUGACUCACACAGAUAGGUUUUUCGUCUCCAUUUAACCGUUUUCCUUUUUUGUAUAUGAUGGCUGAGCUAAUCUAGUAGGCUAACAAGCUACAGUGCCUUUUCCUCUACCGGAAGAAGAUCAGAGAGUGCAGCCUCUGUUUCCUCCUGAUGGCUUCAACUUCUGCAGUUGGAAAAGCAGAAUGGCGUGAAGGUGACAGUUGUCUGGCUCUACACCCAACACAUGGUAUCCUGAGAGAAGCCACUAUCCAGAAACUGACCUCCAGCUCUCUUAAUGAGGAUACAGCAUGGGUGAUAUUUAAAGACACUAAUAAAGAUGUGGGAGAGGACGAACAAGAGGCGGAAGCCAUACCUGUCUCAAAACUUAUGAGACCUGGUUUGAGGGACUCCCUGCAUGAGAAACCUUGGUUUCCUACCAGCCUGAUAGACCCCAGGUUAUGUGUCCCGUUAGAGCUGAGUGAUGCUGAUGAAGACCGAGUUCCCUAUACCAUCAAUAGAUACCUUAGAGCUUACCAGCAGGAAGGUAUCAGGUUCAUUUACAAUAACUACAUCCGUUCCAGAGGUUGCAUCCUGGGAGAUGACAUGGGCCUGGGAAAGACUGUACAGGUCAUUGGUUUUCUGGCUGCUGUAUUGCACAAAACAGGCACAUGGGAGGACAUUGCAAACAACAGGCCCCAGUUUCUGAAGAGUCAGCAGUCAUCUGAGCAAAGCAAUCCCAGCAAAGUGUUCCUUAUUGUGGCCCCACUGUCAGUGCUUUACAACUGGAAAGAUGAGCUGGACACAUGGGGUCACUUCCAGUGUGUGGUGGUCCACGGACUGAGGAAAGAGGAGGAGUUGGCCCGCAUUAAGAAAGGGCGAGUUGAAAUUGCCCUCACUACCUAUGAAACUCUUCGUCUCUGCCUGGAUCAGUUUAAUAAGAUUGACUGGUCUGCUGUGGUUGUGGAUGAGGCCCACAAGAUAAAAAAUCCAGACUCUCAGAUCACUCAGGCCAUGAAGGAGCUAAGAUGUAAGGUCAGAAUUGGUCUCACUGGAACUAUUUUACAGAACAACCUGGAGGAGCUGUGGUGUGUUAUGGAUUGGGCUAUACCAGGUUGUCUUGGUAGCUUAGGCCACUUCAAGAACAAGUUUUCAGAUCCAAUUGAGAAAGGGCAGAGGCACAGCGCAACCAAACGCGCUCUCGCUACAGGGAGGAAGGCCGUCAGAGCCCUGGUGAGGAAGAUUUCUCAUUGGUUCUUCAGAAGGACUAAAGCUCUUAUCAAAGAACAACUGCCCAAGAAGGACGACCGGGUGGUGUAUUGCUCUAUGACAGAGUUUCAGCAGACAGUGUAUCAGGCAAUGCUCGACAGUGAAGAUGUGACAUUACUCCUAAGGUCAUCAGAAAAAUGUGACUGUCACAGCAGACGCACCCGCAGAAGCUGCUGCUAUAAAACAAACUCUGAUGGUGUUCAUAUGAAGGAGCUGUACUUUAGUUACCUGGCCAUAUUGAGAAAAGUUGCGAACCAUGUAGCACUCCUUCAGUCUACUCCAGGCACCAGCAAGAAACAGGAAAAGUAUGUAAGUGCUGUUUGUGCAAAGGUAUUCCAGAAGUUUCCGGAAUUUGUGCAUAGAUGCAAAAAUGAAGCAUUUGAAGCCCUGUCAGACCCAAUGUACAGUGGAAAAAUGAAGGUGCUGCAGAAGCUUCUCAAAUUUUAUCUACAAAAGAAAGCUAAAGUGCUUAUUUUUUCUCUCUCAACCAAGCUACUAGAUGUGCUGGAGAGCUACUGCAUGGCUGUGGGCCUGGACUUCAGCAGACUGGACGGAUCCACCAAAUCCAAAGAGCGAGUCCAGAUCGUCAGAGACUUUAACAGCUCCUCUCACAUCAACCUCUGCCUGGUUUCCACCAUGGCAGGUGGUCUUGGUCUUAACUUUGUUGGUGCUAAUGUUGUGGUGCUGUUUGACCCCACCUGGAACCCAGCCAAUGACCUUCAGGCUAUUGACAGGGCGUAUCGCAUUGGCCAGUGCAGGGAUGUGACUGUUCUUAGGCUGAUCUCACUGGGGACUGUGGAAGAGGUCAUAUACCUACGACAAAUUUACAAACAGCAAUUGCACUCCUCUGUAGUUGGCAAAGAGAGCUCCCGGCGGUAUUUCGAAGCAGUGCGGGGGCAUGGUGACCAUAAGGAUGAACUGUUUGGGAUCAAAAACCUAUUUAGGCUGCAAACUCAAGGGACCUGUCUCACCCGCAAGAUUUUAGAGAGAGAAGGGCAAGUGGAGGCUGGUGUUAUUAUGAGUACACACACAGGCAAAGACACGGAGGAGGAGACAAAGGGAGCUGGCGAAGCUGGAGGUUCUUCACCUACAAAAGUCCAUGUACCAAAUGAUAAACCAGUGAAGGAGAUCAGCGAUGCAUCAAAAGUCUCCACAGGGGUGCUGGACUUCAGCAGUGAAGAGGAUGAGAGGGAGCAGGGGUUCAAGAGAAAGGCUUCAAACCUCAGUACAGAUGAUUGCAAUAGGAGCAGGAGUGCCACAACAGGUCCUGGUCGAAUGAGUCUCCAACAGCAUGGUUUCUCCAAACUCUUUGAAAGAGUCAAAGAAGCACCAGCGCUAGAAGGACAAACGAGUCCAGAAGAUGAAGGAAGCUGCUUUGAGGAAGAUCCUGAGGAGAAAAAAAGGGAAGACACAUCGACCUCCAUCACAGGAAAUGUCGUUGUCCCUUUGGGAACAGAAACCAGGGACACAUCCUGCAAUUCAGACAGAAAAUUAACAGAUAAUGGGAGACAAGACGGUGACACGGGUCUGAAACGGCAGAUACGUGAAAUAAUUACUGUGGAUGAAGAUGGCAAUAAAAACUCUAAAGUAGAAAAAAAUAAAGUUAAUAAACUCAAAACUACAUUUCGCCAAAAACACAAGUUUGAUGGUUACUCAGAUGAAUCUGAAGACUUCGACUUGGAGGCAAAGUCGUGGUCCAAAAAGGAUACUUUAUAUUUACAUGAUGGAGCAGAGAAGGGGGGAGGAAGGACAGACUGCAGUAAAAGAAGGCAAAGUGCAAGUGAAAGGGAUAAAAGAAGAUCAAAAUACACAGAAGAUAUAGAGACAUUCUCAUCUUCAGAGGAGGAACAUGUAAGUCCACACAUGGAAAGAUCCAGAGUUAAAUUGCAAAAACUUGGGCAAAAACUUGUGACGAGCACAACAGAGAAGGAAGCUGUGAUGCCGAAGGCUGUUUCGUUUACAACUUUGAAAAGUCAGACAACCCUGGCAUCUAAAGAAAAGAAUGGAACUAUUGACUGCAUGCUAGGAGGUGUACAGGAGGUGGUGUACACCCACUCUAACCAGCGUGUUGUGGGUGGCAGCAAAGCAGAAGAGCUAAUCAGUCGAGCUGCUGUACGGGAUGUGUUUGAACGCAAAAUGUACUCGCAGCUCCCGGCCAAUCACCUUCUAGGAACCCAAGAGAGCUUGGCGGCGAGCUUGCCAGACAGUGAGCCGUGUCAUUCCACUAUGAGGCUGCAAGAGCUCAGUUUGGAUCAUCCAGUCACCUUUACCACCAAGAGUGUGCAUCACACCAAACACAACACCUUCAUCUUUGGCGAGACUCCCAAAGCCAUACGCAGGCAACAGCUGGAGGAAAUGGCAGAAAAAUUCAAAUUUCCCACAGUCCACCAGUUUGCUGUUGAAAUUCUGAGCAAAGAUUCAACCCAGAGACUGGCCUUGCUUCACCAGUAUUACACUUCACUGAACCUCCCUGAGUUGGCUGAUACGGUCAAAAACAACUUCCCACAACCUGUUUCAGCACAAGCCUCCCCCUUAGCUGCUAACUCAGAGAUCAAAAAUCCACAAAAGGAUGCUUCAAAAGCCACAAAAAAUUUGAUAUUCACUCAAAAGAAUUUCAGAACUCAACCUGAAACAUCGCAAAAAACUCCUGUGCCACCAAAAAAGGCUAGAAACUCAAAAGGCGAUACUCCAAAACCUCGCAAAAAGCAAAGAAUAUCACAAAGGAAUGUGCUGGAACCUCUAAGUGAUGUUCCAAGUCCUGAGUCAGAGGAGCAGGACGAGACGCACUGCAGUGCCAGAGGACUCAAGCGGACAAAGGGAGGUAGUGUUUCUACUUCUGGAGCCCACAUAGCUGGUGGUGGUCUUGGCGGCGAUCGAGUCAGCAGCAGUGGUCUUGGGUCUGGGGAGGCUUCUGCUCGCCUGAACUGCACAGACAGAAAUACCCCUUCUUCUUCGGACCUCAGCCAUGGCAGUUCCAACAUGGUAUCCAAACCCACAGCACGAGGAAAAGAGCAAGAGCAGAAGUCAUCUUUGAGGAUAAGUGAAACUUUGCAGAGGGAGCAGAGAGAAAAUUCUCAGCCCCCUUCCAUCUCCACUAAUCGCUCCUACCUAACAGAGCUGAUAGGAGACACCUCGAUCCUAGAUGACUUGCUAAAACCCAAACCCAAGAGUACUCAACACAUCCCAAAAACACCACCCGUAGCACCUGUAAACACCAAUCUUACCACGCCUUCACCGUCCGCACUCACUUCCAACUCUGAUGCAACCUUACACACCCAAACUACACACCAGGUCGAAACAACAGCACGGGCAUCGAAGGGCAGUCGCAAAGACUUCUGGGACAUCCUGAACGAGGGUAAUGAGGAGAGUAUCAAUAGAUUAACAGAUUUAGAAGAAGUGCAGAGAGUUUGCAUCACCACCAACUUUGCAGCUAGAACCGUGUCUGCAGAGAAGGACAGCAAGAGUCUCUGGAAAACGAACGACAAGUUCCUGUGGAAAAAAUAGCAUUUGAAUUUGUAUUAGUGAACAGUUUUGCAGAUUUGUCUGCAAAUUUUAGUUCUUUUCUUUUGUUUAAAACGAUUGAAUCUUUUAAAUUGUCUUUUAUUUUUACUUUUUAAAAAAGAGAAUUCUCUUGUUUGUUACUAAAAUAAACUUCAGUGUAAUCACUCUUGAAAGUAUUUAGUUGAACGUGCAUAUACUUUUAUGAAAAUAGUUUCCCUGCUCUUUUUUUUUUCUUCUUUUUUUUUCUACACUGGCUGAGCACUAUACUUUGUCGUCACAGUGGUAAGUUGUAUAUAUGUAUCAUGUGAUGACAACAGACAGUUUCCAUUACACUGGACUGUUUCCAACAGAGAAACAAAAAGUGGAACUUCAGGGCGAAGCUGACUCAGAUCUCAUCAAACAUGGUUAUGGUUUGGACUUAGCAUAGGCAGGAGUGUAUAGUGUCAGCCCUUUAGGCCAAUCACACAGGUAUAGUGGCCGAUCAGCUGUUCCUAAAUACAGCAACUGUGAAAAGACUAAACUUUUCAUUUGGUAGGUGGUUGGCAUCAGGGACUACACGUUUUCUUUUCCUGCCAACCAGUUGUUGUUAAGGGGUUAACGACUGGCUUCUAGGCCUGUGUGACUGAUAUCAUAAUUGUCACCCAAUAACUGUUGGUGACUGUGCAGAGAUACCACUUAAAACUCCUUAAUGGCUGUUAGGUCUGUGUCACUCCACACCCGUUGCUGCCUCACACCUCCCAAGAGAGUGAACAUUGCAUAGUGUAGAUGGUGAUGUUUCCCUGCAGUCAUCUGCACUGUAAUCUGAGCGCUCUGUGGGUCUGCUGAGUUGUGCCCCUCAGAGGGGAGAGCUGCUGUGCUAUUAGUGUAAUAACAAUAAGCAAUUCAAGACUUAAGUGGAGCAGCGAGAUGAGUGAUGGCAGGUAGUAUUCAUGCCCUUCCAUUCACCCAUCAUCUGAAAAUUUUCAUUGUAGUUGCAUUUGUCAAAUUCAUCAAACUCUGAGCUUUGUCUUAAUAUGAAAAAAAAAAAAAGGGUCAUCGUGUUUGUUUGGGAGUGCACAUUACUGUUCUGUUACACACAGCUGUGUUUGACCUCUUUCAGCUGUUGCGUUGAUGUAAAUGAAAGCUGCUCUGUUUAAGUGUUGUGUUCUGUAUAGCAGAAAUGAGAAAGUGCGGAACAUCACUGAACGUGCCUCAACAAAUCAUGCAGGUCGGUAAAGUGUGUGUGUGUGGGUGUGUGUGUGGAUGGUAGAUCAUUGCUAUGUUUGCUAAAUUAGAAGCCACACAUCUGUCACACCUGUUUAAUGAAUCAAAAGCCUUUUCUCUUCCAAGUCCCCAAAACAUUUUUCUCUCUUUGUUUCUGAUUCAUCCAAAACUGAGAUUUGCAGAUCCCUAUCUUUUUUUUUUAUCUUUUUGUGUUUACUGGCAAUGGUGAAGCUCACUAACUGGCUGGCAGUGGUUCCAGGCUAAUGGAUGCCAGCUAGCAUGGCUCAGUGGCAAUCAAAGCUUUCAUGUCCUUAGUACUAACUACAUUAUUAUAACAAAGAUCUGCUUCUGCUGCCAUGACUUAUAACUGACAAUGUCUCAAAUCAGUUGGAUUAUUGUAUUUUAUUACUUGCCAUGGGAGGCCGUUUCCCACAGAUGGAGCUACAAGAAAUCCCACCAAAGAGGCUGACUGUUUUUCCAGUCCUCUCAUUAGUUUCUUGUCUUUAUGUGUCGAGGGAAGGUUGAGAAGUCUGUUUAUAUUUCCUGCCACAAUAACCUGAGUGUCUGUAAGCCUGUAAAAUGCAGCACAGUCAAGUGAAGAGAUGGCCCUGAACCUCUAAGUUUAUUUUCACAGGUCAGACUGUCACACCUAGUUUGAUUUGAUUUGUAAAAAACUGUGAAUGAGUGUUGUGACCCACUCUGACCUCAGCCUGCAGUCAUCUUUGGAUCGGGUUUCUAUAGGUUCACUCUGCAGUGUGUGAAGAACAUCUGCAGGCUGUCACAGAUUAAGAAAUAGCUCAUGUAUAAAUGCAUAAAACAAAGCAACCAAAAGAAUCUGUGCUACGAACUGCGUCUGUUAUUUUAAAGACACUGUGAAAUUAAAAAAAUAAAAAAAAACAUACACAUUGACAAAAAGUAAUCCAAAGUGUUCAGCGUAUGAAUGUGAUAAAUGUUGAUGUGCAGUACUGUACAAAAUAGUUCUUCAAGCAAUAGUUCUUAAAGCUUUCUGAAGGUCAAAGUUUUUAUGUGGACAUUGACUGCUUUUACUCAUUUUCAGUCCAGUCUUUGGGUUUUUAAGUCGGUAUAAGAAUCAUUCAAGCAUAAAAAGGCACCAAACUCAAAGGAUGAACCAGUUUUGUAUCUACACACAUCUUAUGGAGUGACUAAUACAAAUUUGACAUUUUUGGUUCAAAUUGUCAGUAUUCACAGAGGAGCUCAGGAGAGAGGUACAACAGUAAAACGUGACACAGACUCUGUCAUGGGGCUGCACUUCAGCCAGUAGUGUUGGUGAUCUUGUCAGAACUGAUGGAAAUCUAAUUUUGAUCCACCAUGUAGUACUAUCCAGGAAGCAUCUGAUGAAACACACUGUCCGUGUGGUAAAAGCAUAACUGGAUAGAAAAACACAAUGCAAAAGGAUCAGUCAUGGACUGGACUCCCCAGAGCCCAGACCUUAACAUCACCGAAGCAGUGUGGCAACAGCUUGGCAGAGAACAGAACAAGCAGAAUUGUACAAAGUCUGUUUUUGCCUUAUUCACAGGUUUUCUGUUUAUGUGUGCACCUGUUUCAAUAAACAUGACAAAAUAUCAAAUAUGGACAACUGUAACAAUAAAUGCUAUAGUAAAUUCUCUAAAUGCAUUAGUUAA